CUCAGCUGUCAUUCAUCAUCAUGACCUUCAUGCUGAUCAGCUCAGACAACAGCUGUGAGCUUCAUGUUCAGCAGGAGUUCAGGCUCCAAGCGGAGAACAGAUCCAACAAAAGUCUCAUUUUAACCAGGAAAUUUUAGAGUUAUUUGACCUAAAUGUGGAAAAAUCUGAUGUUAUUUUCAAAAACGUUUUUAAAGUACUUUAUUAUUCAUGUUUUCUUUUUUAUCUUUAUUUUUUAAACAAUUUUCCAACUUUUCUUUUAUUAUUAUCUGUGUAACAAAGUGUUGCGUUUAUAGUCGGUCUGUCUUUUAACGUUGGAAUACUUGAUUAUAUUUAAUGUCAUUUCACGCCGCCCCCCCGCCGGUUGGUUCGGGUCAGUGAAACAAACGCCCCCUGUCGGUGUCCAGGCCAGACCCGCGCGCCUCCUCCCGGGUCUCCCCGCCCCUCGCGCGCUCAGACUUGGGUCCGUGAACGCCUCACUCGGAUCAUUUGGAUGCUGCGGGUCUGACGCUCAAGGCGCUCCGUGAUUCUGUCCUGGCGGGAGAAUGGUCGUGCGGGGGGGCCAGCUGCCGCUCCACUGACUAACAUGGAUUCUUCUUCAGGUGAUGGAAAACGGUGGACGAGGCUCCGGCACGUCAUCCCGGUUCUUCUGAUCUGGAUGUUUCUGCCCAGGAACGUUCGGAGCUGCAGCCCGACAGACUGUAACGUGGCGCUGCGGGAGGCCGCGGGAGGCUUCACGUCGCCCUGCUACCCCCAGAAAUACCCCAAUUCGCUGAGCUGUACUUGGAAAAUGCAGGCGCCGCCCGGAUACAUCAUCCAACUGUCCUUCCUGGACUUUGAGCUGGAGGAGGCGCCGGGCUGCAUGUACGACCAGGUGCUGGUGAACACGGGCGGCGCCGACGUGAAGUUCUGCGGCCUGACGGCCGACGGGCUGACGCUGAACUCCACCGGGAAUUUCAUGGAGCUGUCCUUCAAGUCGGACUUCAGCGUGAGGAAGAGGGGGUUCAGUGUUAGCUUCCGUCACGUUGCCGUGGCGCUGAGGAACCAAAAGGUGACGAUCAACAACGGGAACGGACAGGUGGCCAUGGUCUCCAGCUCGGUCUCCAUCCCGGCGCUCUCAGAACUGACCGUCUGCUUCGAGGUGGAGCGCAUCGCCAGCAAACAGAAAGAGUGGCUCUUCUCCUACUACGGUUCUGGAAACAGCGUGGAGCUCAGCCUGGGCUCGGAUCAGUCGGGGAUGAAGAUGGUCGUGGACGGAGAGCCGUGCCCGCUCAGCUCCGUCAUCUCCACCGCUGACUUCACCGCCUCCAUGAGGCCCGUGUGUCUCACCUGGACUUCCUCUAAUGGCCAGCUCGCCGUUUACUUCAACGGCGUCUACUGGAACCUGAACUGCUCCGCCUCAGUCGGCCGCUCUGUGCCGGCGGGGGGAAUCUUCCAACUGGGAGGGCAGCAGAGCUUUGACGGGAACAUCUACAACCUGCGACUAUGGAACCGCUCCAUGACGGAGGAGGAGCUCAGAGCUCUGACCUGCGACCAGCAGGGGAGCGUCUUCGACUGGGACAACAGCCACUGGACGGUUCCUUCCUCUCUGGUCCAGAUUGACAACACGCUCAGCUGCAUCUGCUUCCCGCAUUGCAUUCAUUUAACUUCAGCUGCGCCUCCUAGUGGUGUCAACACAGCGUUCAGCAGCAGCUGCACCUCCAUGGGAUGUCCAGCCGCCCCCCCCACUGCCUCCACUAACUCCACCCAUGCUACUAAUGCCACCGCCCACGUCCCUUUACUCAUCACUCCAACCACCACCACCCCCUCCACUAGCAUGCCUCUAACCCCCUCCAUCAGCACCAUUACCUCCAUCCCACCCAGCUCCUCUGCUCCUGCAGAGGACGGCAGCAGCAUCCUCACAACCGUCCCGUCUGCUCCCACUAACCGUCCGGCUGCUUCUAACCCGUCAGCGCUCGGAACAACUCAGCCGCUCUUCCUAACAAGCAUCCAGCCGUGGACUAACAAAGGCGGCGUUCCCUCUUCCUCUCCGGAGGAUUUGUUCUACCGAGUGUCCUUCUGGAUGAAGUCCGAUCUGAGUCAGCAGGCCGUGGAGAGAGCCGUGUCUCUGCUGCUCAAUCAAGCCUUCCAUAAGUGGACUCACUCCGUGGAACAUUUCAGUGUUGUGGAGACGGGAGCCGGCUCCAACAGUUUCUCCUGCCAGGCGCUCCUCCUGAUCUCCAACGAGAGCCUGAGUGAAGACGAGGUGUCUGCGCAGCUGAGCGGCCGCCGGCUGCUGGACGACGCGCAGCUGCAGCUGUUCUCCGUCAGCGUCCGUUUGAUCGAGAAUUGUGAGGAGGACGUUUUUCUGAACUACUACUGGCCUGAGACCAGACCCAGAACCACACAGGUCCUGCCCUGCUUCCCCGACAAGAACCAGGGCGCCUCCAGGACCUGUUUGAUCAACCUAGAAACGUAUUCCUCCUACUGGUCGUCUGCAGACUUCACCAACUGCACUGUGACGGCAGAAAACGCCGCUGAUGUGGCCGAGAAGCUCGCCAACUUCACCAGAAACAGCCUUUCUGAUGACGAGAUUUCCCACGUGGUGACUAAAGUGCAGCAGCUGGUGAACGUGGCCAAGAUCGACACGGCGGUGGCCGAGUCCGUGGUCAGCAUCAUCUCCAACGUCAUGACCAGCUCGGAGGCGGUGCUGCUGAACGCCUCCAACAUAGCUCUGAGAACCGUGGACGAGUUGGCCCAGAAGCUGGAGUUUGACGGUCUGUCCGUCAACAUCACCUCCAAGCACCUGGCUUUGGGGAUCCUGGCCUUCAACGCCACCACCUUCAACGGGUCUUCCUUCAGCGCCUUCAUCCCGCCCAACUCCACCGACCCAAAGAUCGAGUUUGAACAGACGGCGAACCCGUUGGCGCAGGUCACCCUCCCCAGCUCGCUGCUGUCCGGCGUCUCUCUGAGCGACGCCGACAGGUCGUCUCUGUCCAGGAUCAACUUCGUGUUCUUCAGCAACACCAACCUGUUCAAGAAAGAGCAGGACAGCCUGUCCCUGAACAGCUACGUGGUGGCCAGCAGCGUGGGGAACCUGUCCAUCAGAGACCUGAAGGACCCGGUGAAGAUCCAGGUCGCUCACCUGACCGAGCAGACGUCCUCCCAUCGGUUCUGUAUGUUCUGGGAUUUCACUCUUCAUAAUGGCGAUGGAGGCUGGAGUGAAAGAGGCUGCAGCGUCUCUAAGGAAUCCACCAACAACAAAACCGUCUGUUUGUGUAACCACCUGACACACUUUGGCGUUCUCAUGGACGUUUCCCAGACGUCAUCCCAGAUCGACCCAAAGAACAAGAAGAUCCUGACCUUCCUGUCGUACAUCGGCUGCGGCGUCUCGGCCAUCUGCGCUGCCGCCACGCUCCUCACCUACAUCGCCUUCGAGUGAGGCCGCUCUCCGUCCU